CGACGACGUUGAACUUGCAGCAACAGGUUGCGCGCGCUCGUCAUCCAUUCAAGCCGAAACACGGCUCUAACGAGGUUUUGUUGGUAUACCAUGGUCAACAACAAGAUCUCCCAACGCGCUAGGAUUGUCCAGCCCCCAAGACGCGACCAACCACAUGUACGCCUCAGAGGAACAGCGCCUACUAGCUGCAGGAAGCGGAACAGCAUCAGAUCCGAAAAAGAAGCGAAAGAGGCACAGACGGGCGUCGAUCGACUGACCUUUUGGCCGAAAGGGAGAAUGGCGGUGAGGUGACGGGCACUUUGCACGGGCCAGACUGCCUUUCCCGUAGCCGCAGGUACUAGGUAUAAGCUCGGGCAUUGGCCGCCGCGUCGCAAUUCCUACGCAAUUUACCGUCCGAAAACAACACUACCGCGUCUGCUUGUUGAAGGAUAUAGGGCACACAGGCUUCGCGGCAGCCAUCACGCACAAUCGGCGACCAAACGGACAUGUGGAGAAUGGGACUACUCUACCUCGACCGAGGUGAUAGCGCCAUCUUCGCCGCGCUCAAGGAUGCGGGGCACAACACUCGACAAGCGCCGCCAGGCUCGCCCUCUGGAAAAUUCUCGUCGCCGGGUGACUCGGAUCACGCAUCUCUGGAUGGCAAGGUCAGACAGGAUGUACCAACACCACAUGGCAUCCAGCAGUGGGUAGUACCAGCAGAUGGAAAUGGCCUCAAAUUCAACCACCUGCGCACAAAAGCCGAGGAUCCAAUGGAUUCGCUGUCCCCGUCGUCGGACACGACGCUGUUCGAGGAACCAGAGGUGUAUUCGUUGGACCGAUCCAAAGACGACGAGAGCAGCUUCCAUGAUUACUUCUCCUUUGAUGGCGCCGACAACGACCAAGUAAUCAAAACCGAGCGAAGAGACCCCGCGCUAUCUCAGAGGCGGCGCGUCCGCCAUCAGCGCGCACCCUCGACUGUGUCAGCAUUUGGGAGUGCGGACAAGGUUUCGCUGCCAAUGCGCGCAAGGCCCAAGACGAAUGAAGGACUCCUGCAACUGCACAUGCAAGCCGAUAGUCCAAAGGCACUGCAAUUUGCAGAGGCUCCCAAGACGCCACGCUCCUCCACCACACCCAUCGAUAGGCAUCGCCGCAGAGUAUCACUAGGACUUCCGCUCCGCGCCUUGGGCGCACAACCCGAAGGCCUCAAACGCUCCCACUUUGACAAUACAUGCACAGCGCCGCAAUCGCCUCCCCGGACCCCCGCAACAGACCGGGCCGUCUCGGCUGCAUUGAGGCAGAAAGAGCGAGAACUAGCAUCCGCGGCACUGAAGCAAAAAGAGCGAGACCUCGAGUACAAGCACCGGCACACGUUUAUCGGCACAGCCUCCCUGGACGAUUUCCUCGAGGUCCUCGAAGUCUCAUCAGCGUACACGACGACCAAAGCAGCCGUAGCAAGAGCCUUCAUCAUCCUAGCGUCCAGCGAGCGCCUGCUCGCUCGCCAAGCCUCGGCCACGCCUUCAGGCUGGGACCUCGUCUCGCGCAAAACGUCGGAUAUGCUGGCCAAUAUCGAUUACGUUGCCCAAGCCCACAUUCGACUCGGAUCUAUUACCCUGCGCCAGUUCUUGGAUCUCAUCUACUUUGAUGAAGACGAGGACGUGGGUGCUAUGAACGUUAUUGAAGCUUUUUCCGCUGCGAGCCAUCUCGAUGCCAAAGUCGAUGGCGGGACGGGGAGCAGGGCUAGGGCGUUUCGGAGUUGGAUGGCACAGCAAGCAGAGUCCGACACAUCAGCAGCAUCAUCACGCUGAGAACGCGCUGUGAACCCCCCC